CUUCCUCCUCCUCUUCUUCUUCUUUGUGAUUGGUUGAUGAGUCAUCAACGACCAAGAUGAGCGAAGCGGCAGAAGAGACGGCAACAGCCAGCAGCAGCCAAGAGGUGCAAGAAGAGAAGGUGCCACUGGACGAGGAGGAAGGGGACGCAGAGAGGCACAGUGACGACAAUGAUGAUGGUAGCGGCGCUGACAGUGAUGGCGCCGAUCGCACUCUCAAACACCAGCAACAACAGCAGCAGCAACAAGGGCAAGGGCACUCGUCCAACUCACAACCAUCACCAUCGUCAUCACCAUCACUGCCACCACCGCCACCACCACAACAGCACCAACACCAAGAACAACAGCAGCAGCAGCAGCAGCCCAGACACCAGUAUGAGGAGCACAGGCAAGCAGUGAGCCAGGGAGAGAGCGUGUUCUUGCACCUGCCGCGAAACGGCGCAGCCAACCUCGUUGCAUCUGGUGUGGUGCGCGUGGAUCCCGAUCGCAUUCCGCUGGACCAACGCAUCACAGAGGACCACAUCGCCGCAGCCGUGUACCGUGUGCAGCAGCGGCACUGCCGCCUGCGCGCGCACGUCCUUGCCAAGGACGCCGAUCUCGAUGAGCCGUUCCUCGUGCACACAUGGCCCUCCCCCUACAUCCCACCGCAGGCCCUGGUCAUGCAGACUGCGCCCACAAGCGAGGCUGCCGACGCUGCGCUGCAGGAUGUCGAGGCAGACUUCCUGCACAUGUCCUUCGACUUCCACGCCUCGCACCGCGCCCUGUUCGCCGUUGCCCUCGUGCGCUCCGAGGAGGAUGGCACAUACCGCAUCGCUGUUGCCGCACCCCACAUUGUCGCCGAUCUUCGCGGUGUCGUGCAGGUGCUCAAGGAGCUGGUGUUCCACCUCGGCGCCGUCGCAUCCGCCAUAGCCGCACCAACCGACACCGCCGCCGAUGACAGCAUGCGCAGCGAUCAGCUCAGCUCUGUCCGCAAGGAAGACGACGACCUGGCCCGCACAACCCUGCCGCUGGAUGCAGAGCUGGCCAGGCUGCCGCCACCGCGACUGGUGGACCUCCUGCCUGCGGAGAAGAAGGGCUGGCUCAACUUCCUCUUUGGUGGCGGCCUCGGGGCCAUGCGAGACCUCCUUGCUCACGACAAGGACAACAAGGCGCUGCAGUGGGCAGAGGAUGCGGUGGCACCACCACCAUCGCAGACCAGCCGGUGCGUUGUCGCCGGCUGUCAGCUGGAAAAAGACGUGGUGUCCGCCCUGCGUGCUGCUGCCCGCGCACACGGCACGACGGUGACGGGCGCCAUCACCAUGGCUGCGCUGAUGGCCCACCGGGAGCACGUGGUGCACAGCGCAGACGCGCUUGCACGCGCCAGCAAAGUCAUGCAGGCCAACGGCACCGUCCGUGUUCCCGUCACCACCACCAUCGACGCACGCGCGCACACGCCCCACACGGGCCGGUCGCUGCCGCUGGACAUGGUUGGCAACCUCUCUGUUGCCGUGGCCACCACCCACCCCAUGGUGCUUGCUGCCGGCCGGCCGCUUGUGUGCGCCGACUUCUGGACUGGCGCGCGCGUGUUCAUGGACGGCGUGCACGCCGCCCUGCAAGACAAGGCAUACGCCAGCGCGGCGUGGAUCUUUGAGCGCAUGCCGGCGUUCACCGUGGCCAAGGCUGUGGAGGCCGCUGUCACCAGUGCGCCGUGCCCCAUCACCACGGGCAAUGUCGGGCGCGUGGAGGCGCUGCCUUCUCUCGGCUGUUCUCUCGACACGCUCUCAGCCACGUUCCACCAGUUUGUGCGCGGCGUGUAUGUUGCGGUGACGACGUACAAGGGCGCCAUGACCAUCACUCUGAGCGCCACUGGCCUGAAGUCCGAGGACAUGCGCACAGCAGCAGCGCACAUGGCCUCCACCCUGCGAGCCGUCGCACACCACCACCAUCAGCAACAGCAGCAGUCGUGACAGCAGUCGUGACAACAUCAUCAGUAGUCAUGGAUUCUUCUCUCUUGACCAUCUGGCCCUUGCCCCUCUCUUUUUGUUGGUGGGGUUGUGCAUGCGCUGGGUGGAUGCGUGCUGCUCUGUACUGGAUGGAUGGAUGCGAUUCACAUCACCAACCACACCUGCCUUCAUUGUUACAUUUCAUCGCCCACCUCUUGCCUGUGACUUCUCUCCUCCUCUUCAUAUCCUUGAAGCACUUCUGCUUCGCCUUGCCUGCAGGCACGCCUUGUGCGGUUUGCCCCAUUUGCAUACUUGCUUGCUUCACUUGUUUUGCUUGACAAUAUGAUCACAGGAAAACACACAAUGAACAAGGGUCAUGCCACAUCCACCAUCCAUCG